CCUGCUUCAUCUUGUGUUCGAUGCUUCACAAGUUUGUGUUUUUUUCCUCGUUUUUCAUGAAUUCAUUUCUCUUGCAGGGACCUCCUGGAACUAAGGGAGAGAAAGGUGAACGGGGAGAUCUCCAGUCGACAGCAUCAGUUCAGGCCAUUGCCAGACAGGUCUGUGAGCAGCUGAUGCAAAGCCACAUGGCGCGCUACAACAGCAUCCUGAACCACGUGCCGAGUCCUCCGGUGUCAAUCCGCACAGUUCCCGGACCACCAGGAGAGCCUGGUCGAGAAGGACCCCCAGGACCACAGGGAGAACAGGGACCCCCAGGCAGACCAGGCUUCCCAGGACAGAAUGGACAGAAUGGGCAACCAGGAGAAAGAGGACAACCAGGAGAGAAGGGUGAUAAGGGAUCUCCAGGUGUUGGUGUUCAAGGACCCAGAGGACCUCCAGGACCACCUGGUCCCCAGGGACAGGGCAGACCAGGUAGCUCUGGACCCUCAGGACGACCUGAAAUCCCGGAGUACCCGGUCGGCCCGAGCCCCGGUCCCAUCGGCCCCAGGGGCCUCCGGGUUACUGUGAUCAGAACUCCUGUGUGGGCUACAAUGUUGGAGGCACUCCAACUACCACCCAGCGUCUUCCAGAACUACGGCGAGGUCGAGGAACACGAUCCGUACCGCUACUACCAGCCCAACUACCCGGCCCCUCGACCAGUGGCCCCCGAUGAUCCCGCACUGGCCCUGGGUGACAUUGAGCUGAGGUCUCCUGGUGUCUACCGCACCUCUCGGAGUGUGAAGGAGGAGGAAGAGAAAGUCGGGUCGAAGAGACGACUAAAGAGAGGCGCCGCGUGGACUAACUGA